AUGCAGGCGGUGGGCAUCCGUCGUGGGCUGACCAUCGACCCGGCGGGGGAGGAGGAGCCCGCGGCGGCGCGCGUGGGGCGUCUGGUCCGCGAGAGCCCCCUGGUGAUCUUCGCCCGCCGAGGCUGCUGCAUGGCGCACGUGAUGAAGCGGCUGCUGCAGGCGGUGGGCGCGCACGCCACCGUCAUCGAGCUGGACGCCGGCGCCGCGGAGGAGGAGGAGCUCGCGGCGGCCGAGGGCGCCGGCGUCCCGGCGCUCUUCGUGGGCGGCGACCCCGUCGGGGGACUCGAGGGCCUCAUGGGCCUCCACCUCAGCGGCCGCCUCGUGCCAAGGCUCAAGGAGCUCGGCGCCCUCUGCGCCUAG